GGCCUCUUCACACUCUGUAUACUAUUUCCCCGCAAAGAGAGUCCUUCUGAUGCGGUUAAGGAGUUGUCUCGUCCCCUUAACUCCUUCCCAUCUCUUUUCUUCUCUGCCCUGUUCCUGGUGAGGCCAUGGUCAACCACCAGGAUGGGCCAGCGCCAUCUUCUUCAGCACGGCAACAACCUCAGGCAGUCUCAGAGUCCGCGGCGGUGAGGGACGAGCAUAAUCGCCAAACCGUGGUCUCUUUCAAAGUCACUCACAUUCUUAUUGCCAUAUUUCUCCUCUGGCUCACUGUAAUACAAAUUCUAGGUGCUGUCCUUUUCGCGAAAGGGUUUCUCCUCACACGACUCGUCCUGAACAACAAGUCUGAAUGUACAGUCUUACCAAAUGGCCAAUUGGCCGAAAAGUCUACUGGGUGCUGGCACCCCAAGACUUUCGAUCGCGCAGUUGUCUUGAUCAUCGAUGCCUUACGAUAUGAUUUCACUGUCCCUUCACAGCGCUCCCUCAGAGAACCCACGCAGAAACACUAUCUCGACAAUCUACCUGUACUGCACGACAUGGCUGUCAACCACCCUUCCAAUGCCUUUCUCCUCCCGUUCAUUGCUGACCCUCCAACUGCAACACUUCAACGUCUAAAGGGCUUAACAACUGGAACAUUACCAACUUUUAUAGACCUUGGCUCAAACUUUGCUGGAACAGCCAUAGAGGAGGAUAACAUAAUCGCACAUCUAAGAGACGCCGGGAAAACGAUAGUACAUCUAGGAGAUGAUACCUGGCACGCUUUAUUCCCUGGUUACUUCGACCCAAAUAUGACCCGGCCAUAUGAUUCAUUCAACGUAUGGGACCUGCAUACAGUCGACAAUGGUGUUAUUGAACAUUUGUUUCCCCUACUAUCGCAGCAACAGCCUGCAUGGGACGUCAUCAUCGGUCACUUUCUUGGUGUGGACCAUGCAGGUCAUCGAUAUGGACCAGAUCACCCAGCGAUGGCGGAGAAGCUUGUGCAAAUGAACGGCGUUCUGCAGAAAAUCAUCCAGAACAUCGAUGAUGAUACACUUCUGAUUGUUUUUGGCGAUCAUGGAAUGGAUUCCAAGGGUGAUCAUGGUGGUGAGUCGGACGAUGAAAUUGAGGCAGCUCUUUGGAUGUAUUCGAAGAAGCCACGUUUUGGGCGUCUCGACGAAAAAGACCUGUUACCUCCAGCCACUGCGAAAGAACGACCUGUCGGUCAGAUUGAUUUUGUGUCAACACUGUCCCUGCUCCUGGGACUGCCGAUACCCUUCAAUAAUCUUGGUUAUCCCAUAGCCGAGGCGUUUGUUGGUCCGGGAAAGGUUGAUUGGAAAAACCUAGCCAGGGUCUCUGAACUAGCACAAGCUCAGAUUGCAAGGUAUCAAGACAACUAUUCCAAAUCCCGUGAAUCUGGGAUCCAUGAUGGCAUGGAUAAAUCCCAAGCAGAACUCCUCAGCCAAGCGCUUGAAGCCAGAACGAAUCGCCAACACAAAGAUUCUUACCAUCACUUAUCGCGGUGGCAACGCGAAGCAGUGAGUAUGUACAGAAAGCUUUGGGCCAACUUCAACCUCGGCGACAUGGUUCUUGGUGUCGGGGUCUCUGCAGCGGCCUUGAUCCUUUUGGCAUCAACCUCUGGACUGUCAUCCGACGAUACAAUCACAUUCACGACGAAAACACUAAGGUUUGCUGCACUGGGCUCAUUCAUUGGUUGUGGAGCUGGUGUUGCUCUUGCAAAGCUCUCCCCUCGAACCUUCACACUUCUAACUGGCAUCAUAUUCGGCGUCAGCGCAGGCGGAGUUAUCUCAGCGGCUCUUCCCACAUUUAUGCAUCACUUCAAAACAAGCUUCACCUUUCCCUCUGUAUGGGGAGGAAUGGCACUUGUUUUUGUCAUCUCCCAAUCUGCCGGAUUCGCGUCAAACUCAUACACCAUUCAUGAAGAUACGAUAUUGCUUUUCUUUCUGACCUCAUUUGGCCUCGUGUCGCUCAUGUCUUCCCUGCGACAAGCAUCCAAGGUUGAUCGCAUCUUGGGUACAUAUCAGUCCGUUUUGUUCAUACUAAUUACUCGCGCGGCGUCCUAUUCUAAGCUUUGUCGAGAGGAGCAAAUGCCUGGCUGUCGUUCAACAUUUUACUCGACGCAGACUUCCUCAAAUUCGACACCUUGGCAAUUGGUCGUUCCCUACGUCAUCUCUUUUCUUCUACCACAAAUUAUCAAAGGGUUUUAUCACGGUACAGCGUCCUACCAUGCAUCUGCUGUUCUCUCGAUCGGGCUUGCCUUCCGUAUCGGGCUGGUAUUGGUUGCUGCAUUCUGGUCUAUCGAAGCAGCCGAAGCAACCGGCUGGCUUGGUAGUACUUUCUCCCCUUCUACUCUCAAAACCAUUGGAGUGUGGCUUGCUCGCUGUGUAUUUCUGAUGGCUUUUGGGGUUGGAGUCGGGAUUUCUGUGGCUGCGGAGCCAUGUAUCAGCGUUGAAAUCACGGAAGCAACCACUCAUCCAGUCCCGGAUGAUUCAAAAUCGGCAGCACUUGUGCCUGGAAAGCCUCAAAUCCGUGUCUUUGGCUAUGCCAAUACAUUUGGAAGCCAUUACUUCCUAUUCCUACCUAUCUUAAUACUGUCGACCAUUGUCCUACUGCCGCCAAUGGGACAGUACAGUCUGGCUUUGAUGACGUGGCAAAUUCUGUGUCUGCUGGAGAUGCUUGAUACGAACGGCCUUAUCAUUUCAUCUCGCUACAAGUCAUCAAUUGGACCAAUUGUGCUUGGACUCCUGGGCUCGUUUUACUUUUUCAAGACUGGCCACCAAGCCACCUUUGCUUCCAUUCAAUGGAAUGCGGCAUUUGUUCCUCUACGCACAAUCAAAUACCCUUGGUCCCCGCUUUUGAUCAUUCUCAACACCUUUGGGCCUCAGAUCAUCUGUGCUGCUGCGGUGCCACUGACCGUGCUGUGGAAACGACCGACGAGCCGCUCCGCAACUCAUGGUCUGUGGGGAGAUGUCCUGAAUGCUUGCCUCAAACAUAUGCUAUACUAUGCAACCAUUCAAUUAGCAACAACCGUGUGGGCUGGACAUCUACGAAGACAUCUCAUGUUGUAUCGGGUUUUCAUGCCUCGAUACCUGAUGUCGACCGUCAUCCUCUUUGUUGUGGAUGUGGUUCUGGUGGCUGUAGCGCUGACGGGAACAAGACUCACUGGCCUCAGUGUGGGAAAGGUGUUUGGCUAUUGAGAAUGUGCUUAGCUUCAUCACAUUAUUUUUGUGGAUGACCGUCGUCAUUGCGACAGCUAAGUACUUCAUGUGCUCAAAUCUGUCCAUACGCCGCCGCUAUCAAGACUAUAAAAUUAUGGAUCGCUCCACAUACUGUACGAUUGUCAGACGAAUUCAAGGCGUUGUAUUCUCAAGAAUUAGUUGGCCUUCUUACCCUCCACGAUCAUCAAUUGAUGGUACAUUUAUGAUCAGACCUCCUUCUAGACUUAUCCUUACUCCGCCUAGAAGAGCCACCCGCACUAUCUCUUUGUGCCUGCUCCUGUUCCAUCGCCUCCCUCCUCUCCUUCUUCUCCCGUUCUUUGAGAUACUUAUUCCACCUAUCACGAUACGACUGUUCAAUCCUCUCCUCCGUUCUCCUCUCCUCAAUCUCCUCCCUCUUCCAACCCACCAAUCUCUCCACAUCCGCCCCUUUAUGCGCUUCACCUCUUGAAUACCUCCCCAACAUCUGCCCACCAAUAUUCCCCGCCGAAGGACCCGGUACCGGCGCGGCACGCGGAUCCUGAUGUUCCCUCCCUGGUGUCGGUUUGGGCAAUCGUAUAUACGGAUUAUGUAUAUCAUGCACCGGUCGCACCAUGUCGCUGAAACUUCCUAUUGUGGUGGGAUUGCUCGGAAUAUUGGGAGUUGAAGGUCGUCGAGCGUGGGAGUUUGGUUGUGAGCCAGAAGAAUGGCUACUUCCGAUUCUCAUGACCGAAGUUCCUCCUGGGCUCAGAGGUGGUGAUUUGGGGUUUUCAGGGAGAUAGGUCGUGGCGCCGUAUCCGGCGCUGGAGCGGAAGCGAGGAGGGGAUGAGGGUGGGGAG